AUGGCGGUGGAUACUUAUCCCGAGGCAUUCACGUCUGCUAUUGCGUCCCCGGACGAGGAUGCUGGGAUUCUUCGUGAUCGGCGCAGGCAUUCAUUCCAUUCUUCUAGAAAACUCUCGUGCGACUAUCAAGAUGCAGAUGCGGUUUUCAUCAGGGUCGAACUCUUCCUGGCCGAACUGGAACGUCGGAUGCAAUGGAUCGAGCAAUAUCGGAAAUCCCAUAUGAUGCAGGUCGAUGCCAGUCUGAAACGAGGCUAUGCUACGCUGGAGGCCCGCGCCAAAAUACUGGUUGAAACCCUUGAGGAUGGAUACAAUGAAGCUCUAAUGACAAAGGAGACUCUGGAACAAAAGGCGCAAGCCGGUGUGCGGUUGAUGGAGUCAUUCUUGGUCGAACUCGAGAACAAAGUACAUGCGGUUCGCGAUCGCGGUAUCUACGGAACUAUCGAUGACGGGUGGAAAGCGAUGGAUUCGGGCUUGGUCCAUGCCCGGGAAAUUGUCGACGAGGGUAUGGAGCGUGCCCGCCGGACUCGCGAUACACUCCGAGAUACUGUCGAAGAGGCUAUCCGACUAGCCCAGGAGAAGCGGUUAAUCAACUACGAUGAACUUCCUCAUCCAUGGCGUGUUAACCCACACAUCAUCAAUGGCUACCGAUUUACAACUUCCAAGGUGGAAUGUCUCUCGUCCGUCUUCACGUAUUCGAAUGAGCUGUUCAACAUCUGGUCUCAUGUGAUCGGCCUCGUCAUCGUCCUAGCCAUCGCCUUUUAUUUCUACCCGCUUCACACCAAUUUCCAUCUGAGCUCCAAGUCCGACAUCACAAUCGCUGCCGUUUUCUUCUUUGCUGCAUGCAAGUGUCUAGUCUGCAGCUGUAUCUGGCAUACUAUGAACAGUAUUGCUUCGCAGUCAUUGAUGGAACGGUUCGCUUGUGUGGACUACACUGGAAUCUCCAUGCUGGUUGCUGCCUCGAUUGUGACGACUGAGUACACUGCUUUCUAUUGCGAGCCUUUUUCCCGCUGGACAUAUAUUCUGCUUACCAUGUCAUUUGGCAUCGGUGGCAUCAUUCUACCGUGGCACCCAACCUUCAACCGCCACGAUAUGGCUUGGGCCCGUGUGGGCUUCUAUGUGACCCUUGCGCUCACUGGUUUCUCGCCCAUCGCUCAGCUCUCUUAUACACGUGGUUUCUCAUGGACCAUGUAUUUCUAUGCACCGGUCGUGAAGAGCGUCUUGGUGUAUUUUGUCGGUGCCUGUGUCUACGCCUCCAAGGUUCCUGAGCGCUGGAAGCCAGGUCUUUUUGAUUACGUUGGUGGCAGCCACAACAUCUGGCACGUCGCUGUCUUGGGCGGUAUCUUUUUCCACUACCACGCCAUGCAGGACUUGUUCGCAGGAGCCUUCCAGCGCGCCCAAGGCGAGUGUCCGAAUAUGACACUGUGA